CGCGUUCCCUUCCUAAACCCUAAAAUUCAUCUUGGCGUCUCAGCUCUUCUGCUCUAGUCGAAGUCAAUUUGCGAAUCCAAUUAGCCUCCCGCCGCCGCCGCCCCCCUCGAAUCCCUGCUCUCGAAUUCGCUGUAUCCCGUCUCAGUUUCCGAUUUCGAUUUCUAAAUGGCGUCCGCCUGGUUACCAAGAGCCUUGAGGAAGCGGCCCAUACUCUUGGCAUCGAGACAGGCAUGGAAUAUUCAUUUUCAAGUGAUUAAGCCAAGGCACUCAAAUUAUCGGCAGUUUGGUGUAUUCAAUGAGUUCUCCAAGCAGUUGAAAGGGGAAGCUAAAGGUAAUACGGAAUUUCAACAAUCUAUGAGCGAAUUAAGUGAGAAAAUUGGGGUGAUGAAGGAAGAUCUCAAAGCAAGAACACAGAAAUCCACAGAAAAAUUAUAUAGGAAAGUCGAUGAUAUCUGGGAAGAAGCAGAAACAGUAUCCAAGAAGGUUUCUGAAAAUGUGAAAGAGCAGCUAUCUUCUGCUAAAGAAGAGGUUGAAGAAACCUUUGGGCUUAAUAAGGAAGAACCUUCUAAAUCUUCUUCCAGUUCAACAAGCACUUCCAGAUUGAAUGGUGAAAAUAAAACAGAGACAGAAGCAGAAAACUCUGAAGGUAAAGACAAAGAAAACAAAGAAUCUAUGGGGCAAACAGAGUCACUCUUUGGGAAAUUCAAGGACAGAGUUUCUUCAGCUUCUCCUAAAGUCUCUCAAGCUUUUCAGAAAAUAAAGGAAACAAAGAUCUCCAACUUAGCUAUGAGAGGAUACAAUUUGGUGAAAGAUGAGCUUACGGCUAAUCCAAACAGCAGAAAACGCAUGCAGUAUGCAUCUGCAUCUGUUUCAUCGGAACCAAGAAGUAUGAGAACGGACAUUACUGUUCUUCCUUCCAAGAAAUCUAUAUUAGGUGAGAAAUGGGAAGCAUUCAAGAAGAAGAUGCAUAGUCAUCCUAUCUUUAAGCGAUUAAGUGGCUAUAGCCAACCAGUUGUAACAAAGGGACAAGAGUUAGCAGAGGACAUGAGGGAGCGGUGGGAGACAAGUGACAAUCCUGUCGUUCACAAGAUUCAAGAUUUAAAUGAAACUGUCUUUGGAGAAACUGCAACUGCUUUGUCUUUCAAGGAAAUUAGACGGCGAGACCCGUCUUUUUCUCUGCCAGAUUUUGUGGCUGAAGUUCAGGAGAUGGUCAGGCCUGUUCUAACUGCUUACUUCAAAGCUGAUCUAGAAACAUUGAAGAAGUAUUGUACUCCUGAAGUCAUUGAGCGAUGUAAAGGAGAACGAAAUGCAUAUGAAAGUCAAGGCAUGUUUUUUGAUAACAAGAUUCUCCAUAUCUCUGAAGUUGACGUCCGGGAAACUAAAAUGAUGGGUUCUUCCCCGCUAAUAAUAGUAGCUUUUCAAACCCAACAGAUCUACUGUGUGCGUGAUAGAGAGGGCUCGAUAACAGCCGGAGGGAAGGAUUCAAUUCAGACCGUACUGUACGCAUGGGCUAUGCAGCUGAUCGAUAUCGAGGAGCUAGGUGAAGGAGCAUAUUUCCCACAGUGGAAGCUCCGAGAAAUGCAACAACUGGGCUUUCAGGCACUUAUCUAGAAUUCACCGUUAUACUGGUUUUGUUGGAACCAAAGAUGAUUUAGAAGAUGCUGCUUUAUCGCGCAUAGGCAGUGCAUGAGCAAGUGAAGAUGUGAUCGUUUUGUAGCGGAUGAUCAUGUGGUUUCUCAUUCUAAUAUUCACAAUCGAGGCCAACCUCUGAUGAAACCCAGCGAGGAAAGGCUAUUCUAUUCUUUUUAUAAUGUAUACCUCAAAUAAUUUGAUCAUCAAUGCGUUUGAGGCGAUGUAUAAUGUUGGUGGAACGCGGAAACUCAUGCACGUUGAACAGCUCAUUCAGAACAUUAUGAUGGAUAAGGAUAAAUUUUGAACGAA